UACAAAACACUUAAGACACCACGUAAUCUUGAGAAGAAAAGUUUAUGUACAAGCUUUCCCGUUCAAACUGUUAGCAAGAUCGCACCUAGUCUUACUCAGCAACAAAAGCUGAAUUUUAGCAUCUUAUUAACCAACACAAAUUUCCGAAGCAAUUUGUAUCGGCUUUUGCACUGUCUUACCAUGCAGUCUUUCUCAGGUUUGUUUUUGGUAACUAUACCUUAUUGCUUUCACUUCAGUUUGGACCAGAUUGUGAUCGGUUUCAAUGGUGGUAAAGAUUGCACUGCUCUUCUACACUUGGUUUACGCGGUUCUUCAGAAACGAUGUCCUUCACGGACAACUGUUUCACUCCCGCGGUUAUUUGCGUCAGCGACCGGUUCAUCGAAUUUCGACCACUCCGCCGGUUUAAUUGUUUUCGAAGGCCCAAUUAAAUCAUCUCUGGUUCGGUUAAACAAGGCAUUUCCUCAUAUUCGUGCAGUAUUCAUGGGUACCAGGAUUACGGAUCCACGUGCCGGUAAGUUGCAUUUUAUUCAUCUUUACCAUCUCACCCCAAUGGUUAUGACUGACCCCGACUGGCCGCAGUUGAUGCGUGUGAACCCACUGUUACAUUGGACCUACUCUGACGUGUGGAAGUUCUUACGAUCAUUAUCUCUGCCAUAUUGCAAUUUGUACGACGUCGGAUACACAUCCCUAGGCAGUAUGGAGGACACACAUCCGAAUCCAAGCUUGCGUUACGUGACCGAGUCCGGUCUGACCGAAUAUCGACCCGCCUACUUGCUGUCAGACUUUCACUUAGAACGAUCUGGACGAAGAAAGCCAGAGGCGAAGCCGACCAUCUCAGAAUCUGAGUCAAAGACGAAACGGUCUUGA